GGUUGAUCCGUAUGGGUUUGAAAGGCCAGACGACUUUGAUUAUGCAUCCUAUGAAGCAUUCUUUUCCAGAUAUCUAGUGGUACUCACUAGAAGAGCAAUAAAAUGGUCCAAGCUCCUAAAGGGGAAUAACAAUAUACAGAAGAGUUUAAAAGUGAAAAGAUACAUCAGGAAGGGCAUCCCCAAUGAACACCGUGCAUUGAUCUGGAUGAUUGUGAGUGGGGCCCAAACCAACAUGGAACAAAACCCUGGAUAUUACCACAGACUGCUUGAAGGAGAGAAGAAUGACAAGCUGAUUGAAGCAAUCAAAACAGACAUGAACAGAACAUUUCCAGAUAACGUAAAAUUCCGCAAAACUGCUGAUCCGUGUUUGCAGAAUACACUCUACAACGUAUUGGUAGCAUAUGGACAUCAUAAUAAAGCAGUAGGAUAUUGUCAGGGCAUGAACUUCAUAGCUGGAUACCUGAUUCUUAUUACAAAGAAUGAAGAGGAGUCCUUUUGGUUGCUGGAUGCUCUCAUUGGAAGAAUAUUGCCUG